CCGGACCGUAUACCCACCCCCACUAAACAGCUACACCUUCAAUAUGUGAUGCAAAACAGAAAAGUGCAAGUGGGAGCCCUUCGUUCGGUGAAAUUACUUUUCAUGUUUUCGACGCUCUCUUUGUGGUCCAAGACAGUUUCUGCUGUCUUCCGGACGAAGCCCGCCAGUUUUCAGUUUCACACAUUUUCUCCUCUACAGGUAACUCUCAAUCAAGUCCUCCGGGGUGCUCGUAAGAAGAAAAAAAAGAAACCCCCAGCUUCUGCUGCUCUUAAUGGAAACCCCUUUUUAAAGGGUGUGUGUACAAAGGUGUUCACAAUGAAACCCAAGAAACCCAACUCCGCCAUUCGUAAAGUCGCGCGUGUCCAGCUUUCGAACGGCAGAGCCAUCACUGCGUAUAUACCAGGCAUUGGUCAUAACGCCCAAGAACACUCGGUCGUCCUCGUCCGUGGCGGACGUGUUCAAGACUGUCCAGGUGUGAAAUACCAUCUUGUCCGAGGCGCCUACGACCUUGCCGGUGUCGUAGGUCGCAUCACUUCUCGUAGCAAGUACGGAGCCAAAAAGCCCAAGUCCGUCUAAAGAGACAAUUGGUAGUAGCCACAACGGAUCAACACCUCGCUAGUAAUGAACUUAAUGAACGACAGAAGACAUCUGAAGACGGAACAAACGCAAACUGAAUUAGACUAACCCUAAUACAACUCUACAAAGUCGAUACCUCUUCGAAAUCGACACCUCUCUGUUCCCUAGUCACACCUUCCUCCAUAUCAGCUAUCACCCAAUACCAACUCAAAUUUAGCCUCCAACCUCCUCCAGUGUUCUCUGAUAAUAAGAAUAUCAUAAUAGCAGAAUAAGAU